CAGGUUGUCGCCAAGACGACGCUCGAGAAGGAACGCGCGCGCGCGAAAAUCUUGACGGAAAUUCGCAUCCAUCGUUCGGUGCGAAACGCGCACGUCGUGCGAUUCGCGCGGUGCUUCGAGGACGCCGCGAACGUGUACAUCCUCAUGGAACUCUGCAGCAACAAGACGCUCGCGGACGUCGUGAAGCAGCGCGGCAAGUUGACCGCGAAGGAGGCGGCGUGUUAUCUGCGAGAGAUCGUCUCCGCCGUCGCGCACCUGCACGCCGCGAGAAUCAUCCACAGAGACCUUAAGGCGCGUUCUAUACACUGGUCCCCAUACGACCGCGUCGGCAUUGGCGACUUUGGACUGGCGUGUCGGUUAGACGACGACGCGCAGCGAAAGACGACGAUCUGCGGCACGCCGAAUUACAUCGCCCCCGAAGUUUUAGCCGGAAGCAAAGGCGCCGGGCACUCGUACGAGGUGGACGUGUGGUCCAUCGGCGUGAUCGCGUACGCGCUGCUCGUGGGAACGCCGCCGUUUCAAACCUCUGACGUGCACGCGACGUACAAGAGGAUCCGCGCGAACGCGUACGAGUUUCCAUCCGUCGGAGAGGACGGCGGCGGCGGGACCGAUUUGAUUCGCCGGUGCCUCGCGCCCAAGCCGGAGGAUCGACCGAGCAUCGCGGAGGUGGCGUCGCAUCCGCUGCUGAGGGUGGGCGCGGCGGGGUGGAAGAUAGCGACGCCGCCGCCGAAGCCGCCGGUCCGCGCGAAGGCGGCGGACGACGAGCGGAAGACCAAGUACGACGCGGUGUUCGAGGAGAAGAAGAGAAGCCUGGCGGCGGAAAAGGCGGCGGCGGAAAAUUCGUUGAGACCGUCGCCGCCGCGGACGGACCCUCCGCGCGCAGAGGCGACGCUUCGACGCGCGGAGGAGGCGUCGCGCGAAGCGCUUCGACGGUCGAGAGAGACGGAGCGCGCGCGCCGGGUCGCCGCGCAGACCGCGACGGAGACGGCGACGACGGCGGCGCGCGCGGCGGCCGCGAUCGCGACGUGUGUGUCGGAGAAUACAGUAUCGGAGAAUAUUGUCUUUCCGCCGCUGUGGGUCACGCGGUGGGUCGACUACACGUCCAAAUACGGGCUCGGGUACGUCCUCUCCGACGGCACGUUCGGGGUGAUGUUCAACGACGCGACGAAGAUGGUCCAAUCACCGGACGACACCUGGACGGAUGGCGCCGCCACGUCAGCCGCCACGUCAUCUCCAUCCCUCCCGGAAGGCCUCGAGAAGAAGGUCAAGCUUAUGCGGCACUUCCGCGGGUACCUCACGCAGGCGCGUUCUGCGGUCGCGAGGGCGUCGUACGCGCCGGACGUGGCGAAUUCCUCUUCGAUCGCGCGCGCGUCGAAGACGCCGUACCUGCCGCACGUCAAGAACUGGCUGCGGACGAAGCACGCCAUCUUGUUUCGGCUGUCCAACAGAACGAUUCAGGUAAACUUUCAGGACGGCAGCGAGGUGCUGCUGUCGAGCGAGGCGGCGGCGACGGUGUUCACGAGCAAGAGCGGCGCGCGAGGGACGCACGCGCUCGCGAAGCUGCCCGCGGACCCGGAGCUCUUGAGGCGGUUGAAGUACGUCAAGGAGGUGUUACAUCAGUUGGUGCACCGGGCGUGA